AUGGACAACUCGACGGCUCCUGCUGUCGCUGCGCCCGUGCAAAGCUCGCCGUUGCUCCAGAAGUGCUUCGACGAAUCCUACUUGCUGUUGAUGCCGGACAUCGAGAAACGGAUUAAUAAUGUAUGUCUAUUUCCACGCGGCAGGAAGUGGUCCUCUCGGAUUUUGCGUGCCCUUCGCCCUCUUCUCUCGCCUAUCCUGCCGGGCAAAUUCCAUUUGUGGAGAGACGAAAGUUCGCCGCCGUUUUAUUUUCUGUUAUUUUCGGUUUUCUGAUGAAAUUGCGCUCCGGAGAGCUAAAAAGUGCCGGCGAUAAACGCGGCUUGAAGAGGAAAUCUGAAAAGACACGACUCGAUGCGAAAACGCGCAUUUAGGUUGUUUUCAAUAAAGAGAAGUCGAGCGCUUACACGGACAGAAAAGGGAAACUAGCGAUUGAGUGAGUGCACGAGUUAUGGAAAUUCGGUCAGAGAUGAGAGGCCGCAAUGAUGACGUCGUAAUUAGGCUUAGAAACUUUCGAGUUUUGCAAAAGCAGAGAUUUCUCAUGGUCCCAGAGGAUGACGAACUCUUUGAGCACAUUUGCACAUGUUUGUCAGUCAUUUGACGCAUCUUCAUCCGAAUUCUAUUACAAAAACACCUCGGAAUUCGCGAAUCUUGGUCAUUCAUCCGCAUGACUAUUUCAUCGGCGCCUUUCUAGAUCUGAAUCCUUCAACUCGGAGAUUCCCUAAACAGUGUGGUGUCUGAUCGUCUGAUUCGUCGGGGCGGAAAUAUGAUAUUAAGAUGCGUGAGGGCGGCUUUUUAAUUAUUGUUGUCGUGCGUAUUUCGGGAUCAUCUGACGCCUUCCUAUGAUCUCUGAGGACCGCGGACAAGUUCGAGUGUGUUUAUCCGAAGGCCGCCGUGACUAAUUCGGACGUGCUUCUGCCGCUAACGCCGACCGAUCAUCCAGCCCCGUCCGCUCCCACUUCCCUUCGGAAUUCAAUUAAUCGUGUCUCGAAAUUGUACACUUGACGUUUUGACGUCUCUUCUUCGCCGCGUUGCACAUGUUUCUCGGGUGCAAGCGUUUACGAGCCGCUUUACGAGGGCCCAUUCCGUCAGGUGCGAUGUGCGCAACCGCAGGGCCCACAGAGCACUCAGAUGCGGCUGUUUUGGUUGUGGCGGUGGUGAUCGGUGGACGAGACGAGACAGAGUUGAUUAUUUUGUGCACGGGUCCCUUCCUGUGUAGUCACAUGAGUCACUCUCGCCGUAGUUGGCCCUCUAAAAUGUAUGUUUUUCCUCUUUGAACCUGGGUCCGGACCCGUCUCUUCUCGAUUUCCUGCUGGUUGCUUGCGUAGUAGCAUGCACCCAAUUCACUCACUUUUUGCAACACACCACAAAUCUCGGGGAACUUUCUUUUUGAGAAAAACGCAGAGCCCCAAGAGGGAACGCGAAUGCGUGUGUCAGAAGAUGGAUGGGAAAAAGAGUACGAAGUGAUGACACGGGAGGAAAAGUCAAAAGAGAGAAGGGGAAAGAACACUGGGAGUCAACAGCGUUGUGACACAAAACAAUAUGCAUUUUUCAGUACAUUUUCCCCGUUCAAUUCAUGAUCACAGUCGUCGGAAACCUGUUGACAAUGACUGUUUUGCUCAGCGGACACAUCAAGAACAGGUAGUCGCACUCUAGAGUGCAUCUGAAAAUGGACGGAACUUUCAGAGCGAACCAUCUGCUGACGUGUCUGGCCCUCUGUGACAUGUUCGUCUUCUUCAUGAUGAUCCCCCACUACCUCGCCUCGCUGGACGUCUUCUCCCAUUCGCCAACAUUCCGACUCUUCCAUUUCCACUCGAAACCCAACUUCGGCGCGUUGAGCAACUGGUUUUCAGCGGCGGCUAUUUGGUAAAAACUUUUGUGCUCCUAGUCAAAACAAACAUGUUUUCGAUUUGCAGGUUUGUGCUCGCAGUUUCUUUGGAGCGACUUCUGAUCAUCAAGUUUCCGUUUAGGUCCCUAGAUGUUAAUAAUGUGAGUGGUUUCAUCCGAAAAGUGGGAAAAGAAGAAACAUUUUCAGGGAAAACAAAUAAUGAUCGUCUCCGUUGGGAUCAUGCUCUCCACACUCGUUCUGACCAGGUACCACAGGGACGAACGCUUUCCAAACGGCAACUUUUCUCUUUCAGCUAUCAUCACAUCUCCCAUAAUUGUGUAUCUUUCAUUGCAUGUCACGGAUCUCAGGUUCUCGGAAAGUGCUAUGCGAACACAGAUGACAUGCACGGCAAGAAAAUGAAUCCGACGUCCCUGUUCACGAAGCAAUACUUGCACGCUUCCGUGUAUGCGAACGCAGUGCUCGCCGUACUUCUUCCGAUCUUCGCCGUCGCCGUCCUCAACAUUUCCCUAAUCCGUCUCGUGAAACGACGACAUUCCGAGGUGAGCACAACCAGGAAACAUGGUCCCGUUUCUCGCCGCUUCUCCCACUCAAUUCGCCGCCGGCAAUUCAUUGUCUGCACGGAUUCAGCUCUGAUUCUUGACUCUUCCAGGAACUUCUUGUUCGGAAUGCCUCUUCCUCCGGACCGUCGAGCAUGGCCGAGCAGGAAAAGAAGAUGACGCACACGGUGUUGGCGAUCGUUUCGUGCUUCACUCUCACGCAGGGACCCUCCGCCAUCGUUUUCAUUUCUCAGAAGAUGUUCCCGCCUAAUCAGUGAGUCCUUGCGAGUGGUCGCCUGCAAUGCACCAAACACCACUCCUCUAGGUACACUAUUUACGUGUCCGUGGUCGCCAAUCAACUGGUUCUCACCGGCAAAAUGCUCAACGUCGUCCUGUUUUGUCUGACUUCGGAGACGUUCCGUCGGCGGCUCUGGUUCACGUGCCGCUUCUGGUUUCAGCUCGUCUUCUAUGCGGGACGCAGCAAAACGUCGAGGUAAUCAAGUUCUCGUAAGUCGCCACGUAGUCGCAACCGACAUCUUUCCGUUUCGAUACUAACCCUAUUACGUGCGAAUGUGACUGCAAACUCUUCUGUUCCCUAGUUCGCCAUUUGCAUAAUUCUCAGGAUUUCAGGUCGAACUUCGUGCGUUCCAAGUCGGUCAUCACGCAGAAGACGUCGAUCGUCUACUCUCCGUGCUCCAGAAACUUCUCCACAUCUCGCAAAAUCAGCAGCUCAAGUGUAAUUGCUCCGAAGGCUGCUCCGUUGGUCUCCAAUCAUUCAACGGACAGUUUCCCGACUCCGCCGGCCAGUACUACGCGGAACAUCCAAAGCACCCAAGUAUAA